AUGGUCCCUCUCCAGCCAGCCACACCUGAGGCGGUGCUGCGGCCCAAGGUGUCUGUGGAACAAGCAGAUGCCCAGUGUCCGGAAGAUAGCCCAGGAGCACAUUGGGGCCUGCAGCACCUGGUCCAGGUGUCUGAGCCAUGCUGUGCCCAGGAAGCCCCAGAGGUGCCUCAGGAGGGGCAAGGCAGGGCGGGGACCCCACCCUAUGAUUACAGUUACUCCAAGGACCACCCACCCUUUGCCCCACUGCUACAGCCAGGCGCAGGGUCACAGGCGCAGAGAGGCCUCUGGGCCCUGCACACCGAGAGGCAGGACCCUCGGCCUGUGAGUGCCGCACUGCUCGCCAAGAGACUUGCCCCGUAGAGGCUGCCACUGCUCAAGUGGGAGCCCAGGCCUUGCAGGGGACCAGCCAGUGCCACCCCCGCAGGCACCCUUUCGGGCAAUCACCUGGCUGUGCCCAGCAGGCCCCUUCCCCCGCGGCCAUCUCCCGUACGCAGCCCCUGUGCCUUGGCAGAGAAGCCGAGUGGUGCCCAGCCCGCAGCCGGCCCCAAGGCUUCCGGGGAGCAGGACAGGCAGCAUGUAGGUGAGCACCCAGCCUGUCCUGAAGCCCUGCUGCCUUCCAAGUUCCGGCCCCUGCAGGCAUCUGCCAUGGAGACCUCGCGCUCCCGUUCUCCUCAGUUCGCCCCCUGCCUCCCAGACCGCCCCCCGCUCAUCCAGGAUGACAGCUCAAUAAGAAUAAAGCGGGUGACCUACAACACCACAGUGAAAAUGGUGCCCAUCAAGAUUGUGUACUCAGAGAGCCAGCCCGAGAAGGAGAGCCGCCAGGGCCUGGCCUACACUGCCGAGCUGCCUGCGCUGCUCAGCGGGUUGUAGAGAGACCAGAUCAAGACGCUGAGCACAUCUGAGCAGUCCUACUCCCGCUUCUGUCUAUACAGCCGCCCGGGCACUGAGCCCCAGCCCCCGGCCCAGCCCCCCGCCGCCCCCGAUGGCCGGGCCUCCCCGCCUGCGCUCAGCUACGGGAAGGCCAGGGAGAGGACCGCCGAGGACCUGAAGUCGGAGGAGCUGCUGCGGGAGAUAGUGUGCAAGGACAGGUCCCUGGUGGACAUCCUGGACCCCAGCGUGAAGGUCAGGACCACCAUGGACCUGAUGGAGGGCAUCUUCCCCAAGGACCAGCAGCUCCUGGAGGAGGCGCAGCAGCGCCGGAAGCUGCUGCCCAAGGUCCCCUCUCCCAGGGCCGUGGAGGACAAGAGAGAGGAGCCAAGCAUGCCUUCAGCCAUGUCCCUGGCCACCAAUUCUGCAUACUACAGCACAUCGGCCCCCAAGGUGGAGCUGCUGAUCAAGAUAAAGGACCUGCAGGAGCAGCAGGAGCCCGAGGAGGACUUGGGGAGUGACCUGGACCAUGACCUGUCUGUUUCUGAGCAGGAGCUCAUCAACAGCAUUGGCUGAAACCUGCAGGUGCUGCAGGGAGCACGGGAGAGCCCGUUAGAGGACACACAGGCCAACAGUGCCCUUGGAGAUGAGGUGGAGGCCAUUGUCAAGGGUGUCUGUAAGCCGAAUGAAUUCGACAAGUUUUGCAUGUUCAUCGGGGACCUGGACAAGGUGGUGAACCUCCUGCUGUCCCUGUCAGGGCACUUGGCCCAUGUGGAAAAUGCCCUCAACAACUUGGACGACAUCAGUUCUCCUGGCGAUCGGCAAUCACUGCUUGAGAAGCAGCGGGUCCUCAUUCAGCAGCACGAGGACACCAAGGAGCUCAAGGAGAACCUGGAUCUCCAGGAGCACGUGGUGUUCGACAUCCUGGCCAGCUACCUGAGUGACGAGAGCCUGGCCGAUUAUGAGUACUUUGUCAAGAUGAAGUCGGCCCUCAUUAUCAAGCAGCGGGAGCUGGAGGACAAGAUCCAUCUGGGCGAGGAGCAGCUCAGGUGCCUGGUGGACAGCCUGCAGCCCAAGAGAAGCAAAUGAGUGGUCUCCUGGGGGCAGAGCUGGGCCUGUGUACCACCUUGGACAGCAGACCCCAGCCUGGAUGGAUGUCCAGUCGUGAGAACCCUCUCAUAGACAUGGCUGUUAGAAAACCGAUAAUUAGUGUUUGGGGUGAUGCAUUGGGUAUUUAGUUUUCCUUUGGAUGCUGAGCAGAGUGGCUCUCUGUGAGGUCCCAUGUAGCACGGGCUCUGGUUGCUGGCGAGCUUCUUCCUCAGAGACCAUGAGCUCCAUCCCAUGCAGCAUGCAAGGGCCCCUUGGCAGCGGUCGCUCUGGCUUCCUACAUCUCCUGCUGCUGACCUAGCCACUCAGGCAGAGAGCAGUGAGUUCCCAGGGUGCAUGCGAGGGGCACCUGGCUCACAGCUUCUCUUGUGAUCCACGAUGAGUGUCCUGCCAUGUUUUAUCCAUGUCCAUCCAAUGCUGUUAGUGUUCACUGUCUCAUAUAAUGUGCUCUCUGACCCAGCACAAACCUGUGAUGAUGAUGGUGGUGGUGAUAAUUUAUUAACAUAGUAGUUUCCAAGUGGUUAGAAACCAACUGUGAAAUGCAUAGCCUGUGUGUUGUCAUUCUAAAAGUGCCACUGGAGUCAUGUGCAUGCCUUCAAACCCACACACCAAGUGGACAGCUUCAGUCUGUCUCACCCAGGGGAGCGAGUCAGGAGAAUUUCUGCAAAGUGAAGCCUGGUAAAAGGUGUGUGCGGUCGUCCUGUGCUUGCUAGGUGUUUCCCGAGACCAAUGAUGGUUCUUAAAUUACUUUCUCCCCAGAGCAUUUGUGUCAUGUGCAUAUGGUCAUUAGUGGUAAUUGGCCACUUUUCUCUUUUUUACCUCUUUCAACCUGUCAGCAUGCCCUGAAGGCACAUUUCGUUUCCUAAGAGCCUGCCUCUGACUUCGGGGCUCUCUCUAGAACUUUGCCACAGAGUUGACUGACUCCAGGCCCUUUUUAUUGGUUAACAUUGCAAGAUUCUGAAGAGUCUAUUCACUGAAAACAACAACAACACUGUCAAGGUAUCAAUUUGCAGUUGACAAGUCAGGCUGAGGGAAAUGAUUUGUAAAUCACGUAUGUGACAAAGGAAUCAUCUCCAGAAUAUAUAAAGAACUCUAUACAACUCAACUGCAAGAAAACCAACAGUCCAGUUGAAACAUAGGCAAAACUUUUCACCAAAGAGGACAUAUGUGUGGCAAGUAAGUAUAGGAGAAAGAUGGUCAACUGCCAAUGUCUGGAUGGUAACUUAUUUUUACCUAAAUCACUGUGGAGCCAGUAUAUUUCUUCUCAAAUGCUCAUGUGAUGCAAUGUGUGGUUAAUGGUGGGAGAUCCCCUUGGAUGAGUUCAGGUCAGGGUAGCGUGGACAUUUGUUUGAUAGAGGGGUUAUUUGAAUCCCGUUUCCCCUUAUUCCAUAUAAAAGAAAUUUUCCAGCAGGUGGGGAGACCUCUCUGUCAGCAGUGACUGCCACCUAACCAAACAACACACACCCCAGUGUUUUAGGACCAUGGUCCAUGCUUCCUGAGCCACAGGCAGUGAGCCAGGAUCUCAGGUUGCGGUCUGGAUGUCGACUUGCCGUGUUGAAGGGUCUGCAUGGGACAGCUUCAGGGGCAUAGGCAGUCACCGCUCUUUUUGGCAACUGAACCAUGCCAAGAAGACAAAUGCCUUUCCAGGAGUGUUCACUGCUGUUAGUUAAGCUGUG